AUGGGGAAUGUCCCCACCAUUUCCAAGUUGCCUCUUAUUUUCCCACGAAAUAGCCGAAUCACUAAGGAGACCACUCUCCCGCUCGUCUAUAAAUCCUCCAAAAUCACAUCUAUUAGAUACAACUCUUAUACCUCUAUCCUCAUCAGUAUACUUCAGCUUCUGAAUAUGGAGAGCAAGGAGUCAUUGAUUGGAACUACUCUGCCGAUGGCUGUUAGAGACAGCAUCGAGUCAUCUCUAGGGGCUGAAUUCGAGGUGUUCUUAAAUUUUAGAGGGCCUGACACUCGUCUGAAUUUUGCCAAUUGCCUCUAUCACUCUAUGGACGGAGCUGGGAUUCGCGUUUUCAGAGACAAUGAAGAGAUUAGAAAAGGCGAAGUAAUCAAUGGCAAACUGGAGCUCACAAUCAAGAGCUCCGCAAUCUAUAUGCCCAUCUUUUCUAGAAAUUACGCGUCGAGUGCAUGGUGCCUUCGCGAGCUUGCAUACAUGAUGGAUUGCUCAAGAAACAGAAUCGGCAAAGCAAUGAUCUUGCCGAUUUUCUUUGACGUGGAUCCUGAAGAUGUCAAGCUCAAAACCGGAUUAUACCAAGACGCUCUGCGGAGGCAUGAGGAGAAGUUUGGCUACGAUGAAGUGCAGCGAUGGAAGGAGGCUAUGAGGGAGGUCGCUCAAAUCAAAGGAUGGGAUCUCAAAUAUAAAGGCCAAGGUGAACUCAUUAGAUCAAUCGUGGCUGAAGUUUUGAUCAAGCUGAAUAAAAGAGCCAAAAAUUUGCCCGAUCAUAUAGUUGGAAUUCAGGAUCGUGUUGAAGACGUCAUGCACUUAUUAGAUGAAGAUUUUCCUGAUGUACGCUAUCUAGUAAUCCAUGGUAUGGGAGGCAUCGGUAAAACAACCCUUGCAAAGGUUGUCUUUAAUCAAAUUUCUAGUCGGUUUCAUGGAUGUAGCUUUCUUUCUAAUGUCCGAGAAGCUUCAAAAGGCAGCAAAGUUGUUCAAUUGCAAAGGCAAUUGUUGUCAGAAAUUCUUCACUUCAAACUAGUGGAGAUUUCUGAUUCUGAUGUAGGGAUUAACCAAAUUAAAAGAAGAUUCCGUGACAAGAAAGUCCUCAUUGUCCUUGACGACCUAAAUACAUGGGACCAAUUUGCAAAACUUGCAGAAAAGCGUGAUUGGCAUGCUUUCAGAAUGGAUUCACCUCCACAUGAUUAUGAUGAUAUUUCUUGCGAUAUCAUUUGCAAAGCUGGUGGACUUCCUUUGGCUCUCGAGAUUGUCAAUGAUAGAUUGCUGAUGCAUGAUCUCCUCAGAGAUCUUGGAAGAGAAAUUGUUCGACUGGAAGACCCCAAAUUUCCUAAGAAGCGUAGCAGACUAUGGUGUCCUAAGGUUGCGUUGGAUGUAGUGCAGACUAGAAAGGUGAAUCAUGACUUGAAAGUAAUACAUCUCAUGAGAUGUCAUCUCUCAAGAACUCCUGACUUCUCAACAUGCUUGAAUUUGAAGAUACUGGUUCUUGAUGGACAUUGUCCAAAGUCACUACAAAUUGGUAGCUCUAUCAGUAAGCUAGAGCGACUAAAGCACUUGGAAAUAAUUGCAGCCCAAGUUCAGCCAUCAAGGCUGUCAACAGGCUUCCAUUUUGACUUGUUCGCAGUGCCUCCUGCAAUAUGUGAUCUAAAAUACCUGUCAAGUCUAAAGCUGGAGGGGCAAUGUAUGCGAGAGCUUCAUCCAUCUAUUGGAGAGAUGGCGGGCUUGACAUGCUUGUCUUUAAGGGGUUGUUGUCGGCUUAGAAAACUUCCUCUAUCCAUUGGGAAAUUGAGAUCAUUGCUCCUUUUGAAUUUGCUCUACACAAGAAUCGAAGAGUUACCUGAUUCUAUUGGAGAACUCAAAAGGUUGGAGGAAAUGAAUCUAGGAUACACUCAAAUAAGGGAGCUACCAAGCACCAUUGGAGGACUAAAAUCAUUGCUUGCCUUAAACUUGCAGCGUACAAAGAUUACAGAACUGCCUCCAUCUAUUGGGUAUCUUAUAAGGCUUGAAUGCUUAUUAAUGGCUGGGAGUAAGAUAAAAGAGUUACCGAAGGCCAUAGGGAUGUUGGAGAAUCUUAAAGUGUUGGAAUCCCGCAAUUGUAAAAAUUUGGAUGGGGAAAUCCCAAGCGAGAUUGGACGAGUAUCCUCUUUGGAGGUGCUGGACGUAUCAGGUAGCAAGGUAAGCAGGGUGCCAACCACCAUUAAUCAGCUGUCUCGUCUUCAAGAACUUCGUUUUGGAGAUUGUCAUAAGCUUGAAAGGUUGCCGCAACUUCCUGCAAGCCUAAAAGUUCUGUGUUUCGGAGCGGGGACUGCGCUUGGCUCCCCCGCACAAACUUUAUCCAAGGGGAAAGGGAAGUCAGCAAAGCUGGAGGAUUGGAAUAUCACAUGGCCCUCUCAGCUUUGGGCACUUAGCAUAUUUUGUGAUGAUCCUCGAUCUCUCACAAAGCUUCCCUCCAGUCUUUCUCUUCUGGAAUUAAGAGAUGUCCAGUCACCGAUAAAACAGCCAUUCUUGUCCAACUUGAGAUAUUUGAAACAUUUGUCCAGGUUAACACUCUUUAGAUGUUGGUUGAAAGAGAUCGAGUUUGAACAGUUAGAGAAUCUCCAUUGUUUGAGUGUGGCUGAAUCUGAAUCUCUGGUGAGGCUAUCAGGUCUAUCAAACUUAGGAAAGCUCGAAGAGCUAACAGUGAGGAGUUGCUCGCAGCUGAUCGAGAUUCGAGAUAUAGAAGAAUUGCAAUCGUUGAAGGAAUUAUUAAUUAGGAAAUGCAGCUCCAUAAAAAGGUUACCUAAUCUAUCAAAACUAUAUAAGUUGCGGACACUGCACCUCUUUAACUGUGAAUCACUGCAAUAUUUGCCUGAUGUAUCAAAUGCAUGUCAUCCCUCUGUUCAUGGAUGCCCAAUGUUAGGCGAGUCUAGUGACGACAGUGCGAAUUACGUGUGCGGUUUACUCAGUCAAUCAAACCUAAGGAACAGAAGGAAUUGA